CCUCAUCUAAGGUAAAAGGCAAAGACUGGUAAUAAAAGGCUCCACGCUCCCACCUUCUGACAGAGUAACGGUUGGCUUGCUUCGAUAGUUAGACUCAGCCACUAGUACAAAUCGUUUCCGACACGCAUACCCGUCGGAGAUUCGGUCGUAGAAAUUUGGAUUGGAAAACCCAAUCAAAAGGAAAGGAGAAGAAGCCGUAGCCAAAAGAAAAACAGAGAUGACUACAAGUACAGCCACUUUGGCUCUUUCUUCGGCAACGCCCGGUUCUUGUUUGAUCACUCGUACCAAUGGCAAAUCAUAUCCGGAAACCAAAACGACGAUGAUGACGUUGAAAUCAGCGUCGUUUCCUUCCUCUUUAACCGACGUCAAUUUUUCUACUGAGGCACGGAGAAUCAUUUCAUGCCAAGCAGUCUCCGCCGUUUCCGUGGACGAGGACAAGAAAGACGCGUCGGUUUCGGGAUCGGCCAAAGCUGAAGAGGUGGCUAAAGUAGGGGCCAAGGUUAGGGUGAAAGUGCCGCUCAAAGUGUAUCACGUGCCUCGCGUGCCGGAGGUGGAUUUGACCGGUAUGGAAGGAGUGAUUAAACAAUAUGCGGGGCUCUGGAAAGGGAAACGAAUAUCAGCUAAUCUUCCUUACAAGGUGGAGUUCCUUGAGGAAAUUGAAGGCCGGGGACCUGUCAAGUUCUUUGCCCAUCUUAAAGAGGAGGAAUUGGAAUUCCUUUGAUUAGAAAUCCUGAUUCUUCUCCGUACGCCAGGCAAAAAUACCUUUUUAAAAAAAUCUGUUUGCUUUAUUUCACAUAACAAAAAACAAAUAAUUGCUCACUGUUGUAUGUAAUUUAACCUUUACCGUUCAGCUCUGCCUGGGAAUGGGAUUUCCCUUUUUUUUUUUUGUUUAUUACUUGGUAGAAUUGAAUUUCUUAUACCCAAGGGUUACCUUCAUUUUUUAAGGUUUACUGAGUACUUAACUGCUUAUUUGUGUAUAU